GAUGUCUUCCUCCCCCUCCUCCCUGCCUACAAUCUCUUAGUAUUUGUGAACCCCAGAAGAGAAAGACCAGAAGCCCCAGCUUCAGGAAAAAGAAAAAACAUAUGAAAGAUUCCUCUGCUUCUACCACUGAUUCCCCUCACUACCAGUUAUCUCGACCUCCACCUGGUACACUCACAGAAGCAGGAAUGACAAAAAGCCGCUCCUCUGCAGCAGGUUCUACUCCAGGAGUCAAUCAGGAUGAUACCAGAGUAAUAGAGCUGCAUGCAGCAGCUGGUUCUUCCACCGACGAUGAUUCAGACGCAAGUUAUCACAGAGAAAAAGACAGGGAUGAGUCGUCUGGUGGCGUCUGUUUUGGCCGCGCUGACCGGGAAACCCGUAAACGUAGACGAAUAAAUCGUUCUCGACAUCCUCCUUUAUCAGACCCUUACUUACAUCUUCCAAGCAGAAAAGACACAGAUGAUGGUGGCCCCAGCUUUAACUCCAGUUCUUCUGUCAGUAUACCCCCCUGCACCCAGUCUAUAGUCCCAACUGUUGCUGCCCCUCCAUGUCUACGAGGCAGACCCACAGUCAUCCAGGAGUCACCUGGACGAAGAACAACACAAGAGUCUGAAAGUGAGCCAGGAGGUGACGGCGAUGCCCAGGUAGAAAUGGACGUUACAGCUGUGAACUGCUCCGUCAUAAACACCCAGCCAGCCCAUUCACACCUCCAAAUCUUCUCCUCUCACAGCAUCCCUUCAUUGAGUCAAUCAACCUCUGCACACACCGGUACAGGAGAAACCAGCAUUGAGGAGUUCACACCUGAUGAUGAUGAACACGAUGAAACCUACAGGUUCCAGUGCUCCGGUCCAGGCCUGUACCAGUGCAGUGUGACAGGCCUGGUGUUUCACAUGGAGGGAGAAGGGGUCCUGGUUUACAGGACUGUCCCUUGGAGCAGGAGGCUCCUGGUCCAGCAUCACAAGAGGCCUGCAGGACCCCUGUUUGACAUCAAAUGUGUGCAGCAGUCGGUGUGUCGGCUUCAUCUGCCGCACUGUGAGAUCCGCUCCAAAGGUGGAGGUGACUUCUUGUCCGUUGCUCAUGUGACCGAUGAGGACGUUGAGUUCAUCAGCCCUCAUGAGAUAACAGAAACUCACGUUAUCAUAAACAUCACAGGGUUUUCUGGUUUCGGUAACGUCAAGGAUGAAGACUCGCCAGCUGACCCGGUCCGAGCGCUGGUGCUGCUGUUCUACAAGCCUCCAGCUGAUCCUGAUCCUGAAUCCCUCCUCAAUGUGUUGUUGCUACCGAGGAACGUGGUGCUCCGGGAUGUGCUGCACUUCAGGAAGCAGUUAGACAGAGAUGAGCGCUACAUAGAGACAUCCCCACACUGUAAACUGCACCCGAAGCAGGAAUACUCUCUGUCCACUCGUCCUGAAGACGACUCGGUUCUGGUCCAACCAACAGAAGCAGAGUUUGACUGUGACAACUAUGACAACUACUUCCCAUCAUUCCAGGUGGACUGGGAAACAAUAAUGAAACACAUCAAGCUGCUUCUUAGAGACACCAACAGCUCCCACGUCGUCUGGGAAAGACGAGUUUGUCUUUCAUCCACCGGAGGACGAAGGAGCGCUCUGAAUCUGCCUCCUCCUGAGAGGCUGAUGGACAUCCGGAGCAACUUCAUCGAUGGGAUAUCAGGACCUGUUCUCAAAAGUCUGCUGGACAAACUGUUAGAGAAAAAGGUGAUUAGGGAUUCUGAGAGGGAGUCGGCGGACGGGAUGCAAAACAAUAGAGACAAAGCUCGUUGUGUGAUCGACACAGUGAGGAAGAAAGGCGAAGCUGCUUGCUCAGAGAUGAUCGAGUUCCUCUGUGAGGCCGACCCCUUCCUCUGUAAAGAUCUGGGGUUGAUCUGAAGCCAAAUGGACAGCUGGUGCACGCCGUUUUCUCAAUGGUUUAUUCAUAAAAGUGUAUCUGUUUUAGUAUACUGAAUAUAAGAGCUAAAGAGAGCUGGUUAGUUGAACUGGGUUUCCUGUUGAUGAUGAUGAUGAAGAUGAUGAUGAUGAUGAUGAUGAUGAUGAUGAUGAUUAUAUGAAAUGGUUCAUGUGCUUCGGGGAAUCUCCCUGAUCUGUUUGUCCAGACUGAACAUGAGAGGAAACUUUGAGGAGGUGUAGAGCCAUCUGCUGGCUGACACGAGUUCCUGUUUACUGUUGACGCCUCUCUUAAUGUGACAUUUACAGGAGGUAGUAGAUUAAGGACCUCCAUUUAGUGGCUGUUUUAGUGCUUUUGUCAUUUAAAUUUCUGUAUUUCCAAGUAUUUUACAGACAUCUUGUCCAGGUUGAGAUCAUGGUGUUUUGAUCCCCUUGCACUUCCUGUCCAAAUGUUGACGUGGUCUUGAACGACCUCCUAACAGUUUCAUCUGACCGUGAACGUAUGUCGUUCUGCUAAUUGAUAUGAGUUUGUUGGAGGAAGUAUUCAGAGCCUUUAAUUAAAUAAAAGUACUAAUACCACACUGUAAAAAAUACUCUAAUAGUCCUGCAUUGAGAAUGUUACUUAAGAAAAAUUCAUUGUCAGACAAAUGUAGUGCAGUAACAAGUACAAUAUUUCCCUCUGAGAUGUAGUGGAGUAGACGUAUAGUUAGUAAAGUACAAGUACCUAAAAUUUGUACUUAAGUACAGUAGUUGAGUAAAUGUACUUAAUUUCAUUCCACUACUGGGAAUAGACAUACAAUACAUGUUAAGAGAAAUACCAGCAAUUUUAUAUUUUAAAAAAGCAGUGGUAAAAAAAAACAAUAGUGGUCGUGUCUAGAAGAUCUGCUCUGGAUGAACUCUUGCAAGACUCGCUGCACAACGACCUAUCAUAACCUUUCACUAUUCAAGGUCAGUGCCUAACCUUAACCAUUCGAGGUCAAUGCCUAACCUUAACUAUUCAAGGUCAAUGCCUAACCUUAACUAUUAGAGGUCAAUGCCUAACCUUAACUAUUAGAGAUCAAUGCCUAAC